GGCUGGACAUCCAUCCUGGCUCCCAACUGGUACCCUUGAGGUUUUCCUGGGAUCAGCUGCAUUCCUCGGCAAAAGUAUAUUGGGCAAUCAGCUGGGAGAAUAACUGAGACAUUGAAUCAGGAAAAUAUUACGGUGACUUCCCAAGUAUGGCUAGCCACAAUACCUCGAGGAAUUCCUCUUGUGAUCCCAUGCUGACACCCCACUUAAUCAGCCUCUACUUUGUAGUGCUCAUUGGAGGGCUGGUGGGUGUCAUCUCCAUUCUGUUCCUGUUGGUGAAAAUGAACACCCGGUCAGUGACCACCAUGGCGGUCAUUAACUUGGUGGUGAUCCAUAGCGUUUUUCUACUGACAGUGCCAUUUCGCUUGAUCUACCUCAUCAAGGAGACUUGGACGUUUGGACUGCCCUUCUGCAAAUUUGUGAGUGCUAUGCUACACAUCCACAUGUACCUCACGUUCCUGUUCUAUGUGGUGAUCCUGGUCACCAGGUACCUCAUCUUCUUCAAGCGCAGAGACAAAGUGGAAUUCUACAGAAAACUGCAUGCUGUGGCUGCCAGUGCUGGCCUGUGGACCCUGGUGAUUGUCAUUGUGGUACCUGUGGUUGUCUCCCGGUAUGGAAGUAAUGAGGAAUACAAUGAAAAGUACUGUUUUAAAUUUCACAAAGAGCUUGCUCAUGUGCAUGUGAAAGUCAUCAACUAUAUGAUAGUCACUUUUGUCAUAGCCAUUGCUGUGAUUCUCUUGGUCUUCCAGAUCGUCAUCAUUAUGUUUAUGGUGCAGAAGCUACGCCACUCCUUACUAUCCCACCAGGAGUUCUGGGCUCAACUGAAAAACCUAUUUUUUAUAGGGAUCAUCCUUGUUUGUUUCCUUCCCUACCAGUUCUUUAGGAUCUAUUACUUGAAUGUCGUGACACACUCCAAUGCAUGUAACAGCAAUGUUGCAUUUUAUAAUGAAAUCUUCUUGAGUGUAACAGCAAUUAGUUGCUAUGACUUGCUUCUCUUUGUCUUUGGGGGAAGCCAUUGGUUUAAGCAAAAGAUAAUUGACUUAUGGAAUUGCGUUUUGUGCCGUUAG